AUGCAGACGUCAAGAGAACCGGCUUCGUUCGUCCCCGCAUUUGAUCUCAGUUCGGAAAAAUGUCAACUGUCGAUGGCUCAAUCCGAUGGUUGGUUCUGUGAUUCGGAUUCCGACUGGAAACGUCGAAAAGCAAUUCAUUACGCUCAAGACCAACGCAACCAGGUAUCCGACGAACGGUAUUUAUUUUUUCAAAAUAACUGGGAACCAACGGUACACUGCGCUUUCGAAAGACGUAUCGGUAAAAUCGGUGAUGGUGGUAAAUGGAUCUGUGAUAUACAUCGUUUCAAAGAAUCAACCGAAUCGUCGGUACUAGUCUACUCAUUUGGCUCAAAUGAUGAUUUCAGUUUCGAAGUUGCAGUUAAAAAGAAUUUGCCCGAGGCAGAGAUCCAUACAUUCGAUACGGGAUUAUACGAAUGUCCGACCGAUAUUUGCACAUAUCAUCGAACCCGCAUAGGCAAUGGGCGAGACGGUCGUUCAGAAUCAUUACAAAUGAUUAUGGAAAAACUUGGUCAUGAACACCGACAAAUUCACAUUCUAAAAGUUGACAUUGAGGGUAGCGAAUACGAUCUAUUCGAAGAGUUAUUUCGUCGACCAAAAAAACGACGUAGACCCAUUCCGUAUAUUCGUCAAAUUCUAUUUGAAAUUCAUCUAGGCAACGAAUACGACACUGAAGCAAUUCAACGAGUACAUCGUUUAUUUCAGCUGUUUCGUGCAAAUAACUAUGCUAUAUUCCACAAAGAACCGAAUCUAUUCAGCCCGGACAGCUGCUUUGAAUACGGUAUGAUACGACUGAAUCCCACUUUCUUCGGACCGUAG